GGAUGAGUCUCACUUUUUCUAGUAUUUCCACUGCACGUGAAUGCAGCGUGAUUGUACAUCUUGUCUGAGUAUUAGCCACAUCCCUUUAAAGUGACUACCAGCCUCAGGCUUACCGUCAACAUUUAUCUAUUUUAUCUCUACUAAUUUGAGGAACAAACUUCAGUUGCUGCAACUAACAGCACAUUAGAUCCCAGGCACCCUUUAUUUACGGACUACGGGUCUUUUCCAUCUUAGAGCUAGCUCAAAGCUAACGGCAGCGUUAGCACAGCAGCAGGUAUGGCGGAGGUUCCCGGGACAUCCAGUGAGACGAUAACGGAGACGGUUCAGACCAGCACCCCGCCGCCGCCCCAGCAGGAGGGACGCAGUCUGACCAUCAAACUGAGGAAGAGGAAGACAGAGAAGAAGGUGGAGUGGUCCAGUGACACUGUUGACAAUGAGCACCUGGGGAGGAGAUCCUCGAAGUGCUGCUGUAUCUAUGAGAAGCCCCGACAGUUUGGAGAGUCGUCCUCUGAGAGCGAGGGUGAGGAUGAUGAUGAAGGCUGUGGCAGCGCUCACUGCAUCCUAGGCCACGGCAGGAGAGACCACGGACAGAGGGGGGGUCGGGGGGCCCCAGGGCCCCCAAACACUGGAGGGGCACACUAAUGAGGCUAAAUGAGGGGGGGUGUUAAGGGAAGGGUGGGGUUCUCACACGUCAUAUAAACUGCACUGUCUUUAGUUUAGCUCCAUCGCAGAGAGGAUGCCGACGGUCAGAAAGUCCUGCUGAGAAACAUCCAUGAAUCAUCCAUUUAUCUGCUUCAAACAGCACAGAGCAUGCUCAGUAACCUGCCAGCCAAUCACAUAAACAUGGACUGAUGAGGACACGCCCACUUGUAAAAGUCUUAAAGGCUAGCUGCACACGAGAUGGUUUUCAAAUUUUACUGAUUUAAAGGCGAAGCACAUCUCACAGAAGUCACGUGAUCAAACAUGACGUCAGAAAAAACAGAUGAAGAUUAUUGGAUUAAUAAUUGACUUCAAUCCAUAAAUCAGGCCACGCCCCCUGAUCAUUGGGGGUCGAAUCAGGCCUAAAAUCGUCCAGUGUGUAGAUGUGACGUGACCAAAGAAGAUGAGCUGAGAUUAAAAAAAAUCCAUGUAUGCGCGCAGGUUUGUGAUUUUAUUUAUUGUGAAUAAAUCCAUUGGAAAAUUUUGUUUCAAAGACUGGAGAUUUCCAUUUCGCAUUCAUGUGCUCAGUUUCAAACAUACUGGCACAUUCUCCCAAAUUAAAAUUUGAACCAUCAGUGAUCCAUUUACCAGUAUUUUAGUGAUAAGUUGGUAAGAAUCUUUAGUUUUGAUUUAUAAAGUCAUAAUUCAACUUGCCAUAAAAUCCAGUGUACAGGCCAAACCUUUACCACUUCAUCUAAAAUUUGUCUUCAUCCUCUAAAAUCAAUACCACUAGUGUUACAAUCAUCCACUGUAUGUGAUCUGAUGUGGUUGAAAACUUGCUCCCAUUAUUUCAAGUGGUUGCUUCAUAGCUCACAACCUGCUGAGAUAUACAGCAAUGCAAACCACACCCAUGAGGGUUAGGCGCCACUUUUUACCAUCGUUGUCCUGUCAGGUCAUAAUCCUGCAUGUAAAAAUAAAGAGGAGGUAAGUGUUCAGUAAAUAAAGCUUCUAAAGUGCGAGCUUGACUGAAAACACUCCUAGAUUAAAGACAACAAGUGACAGAUGGAGGAGGGCAGAGAGCUGUGAGUCUGUCUAAUCACUGCAGGCUGAGAACUCAACUACCGUAUUAUAGUUAGUGGAUGAGCUCAACUACCACAUCAUUGGUAGUAGAAGUGCAAACUCCAUCCAGUGAAAGAGAUGGUACUGGACAGUUUUUCCUUUGAGAGACUCUAAAAAAGUGACUUCAGUUUAUAUUCCAGAUUUGACGCUAAUGUGUUAACUUAAUAUGUUGUGUUGGUGUUGCAUAGGCACAUUGGUACAAAACUUUAUUCACUCGAGUUGUUCAAACAUUUUCAAAACUUCUUUUGGUACCACAUGUUUCAAAUGACACAAUCUCUGAUAUUUCAGUGAUCAAUAGCAUUGAUUGAUUUAAAAAAAAUUACAACUACUCAUUCAUUAUUUAAAAAAACUCCACACUGUUUUUAAUGCAUAAAUAUUUCGGAAAUGUUUUAUUACUACGAGAGAGAGAGAGAGAAUACGGUUUAAACUGGCACAGAAAUGUUGGCAACACCAAAUUAACCCAAAUUCAUAACAAGACAAAGAAAGAGAACACAGAGGACUGAGGGCAUCCCUUGUGUACAUUGCACAAACAUGUUGGCAACAUUUCAAUCAAAUGAAACGCUGUGUGAUUUCGACAAAAAAAUUAAAGCAUCUUUGUGCAAUUUUGAAAAGGAAGACGUACAUUUUUAAUAAAAGGUUUUCAAGACAGUUGGCAACAUCUCAUCAAAACUGCUCAUUUCAAUCAUUUCAAAUUUAACUCAUAUUUUGGCAACAAAUGUUAUACAAAAAUGACAGCAAUUUGUUUAAGUUUCUCAAUAUUUUGUUCGGUUGACUAUGCACAAAUAUGUUGAUGACAUUUAUCUCCCCAAAAUCAACUUAUUUUUGCAAUGCAAAUUUCCAAGUUAGACAAUGGGCAACAUAUUUUCUAAAUUAUAAACCAUUUCUUUUUUAAUGAUUGCAUUAAAGUGUUGGUAAAGUAUAUGUGAAAAAUAAAUGAAAAAACUACUAUUACAAUUUCAAUUCAGAAAUUUGGCAACAUUUUGUCAAUAAAAGGGCAGAUUUUGUUCUGCUUAAAUUUCUUAUAUUAUUUCUUCUGAAUUGCACAAAAACAUUACCAAUGUAUAUCUGCAAUUUAGACAGUAUGUUUCAUACAUAUUUGCGCAAUGCAGACAGAAUGUUGCCAUUUUGUUUGCAUUUUUUGUUACAUUGAAAAAAAACCCUGCCCUUCAUUAGAGGUUUAUGACUUCUGCUCUUAUUGCCGUGUAACAAACGUUAAUCGAUACGUUAUAAUGGAUUAUUCUGUUUUGUCUUUAACGCCCUUUAUUCUUCAUAUUUCAUAGGUUCAGAACCUUACCCAUGUUUCUCAAGCUAAAUCGUUUGCUUUACUAAAUGAAAAUGCUUGAUAACUUUUAAUUAAACUUGAAAUAAUAGCUUCACUAACUGAUUGGUUUUAGUCAAAAAAUCAAUCACCCCCUUUUUUGUUUUUAGAACACUGCGAAGCGUUUAAGAAAAGGAUCUGCAGAAAUGUAACUUGAUUCAUCAAUAAUGAGUUAAAAUCUCCGUCUUUAGCCCCCCCAAAUUAUUCCUGUGUUAAUAUGAUGUUGUUUAUGAAGAGCUGUGUUUUUGUUGAUGGACUUUCUUACUGCAGCACAAAGAGAGUGCAGCUCGCAAUGUAUUUAUGAUUUUAUUUAUUUCUGGACUUAACUCUUCUGAUACUUGACGAGCAGCCGACCAUGGCCUGCGUGAUAACGCCACUAAUAGAAGAGAAUUUUUAUCACUGUUAGACUAAAAUCACAUAAUCCAGGUUUAUAAAGAUGUUUGACUAUUCUAGAGUUUCACCCUCCUGCCUUCUUCAUACGUGGAACAAUUUACUCAGAUUUAUAAAUUCAACAUAAAGUAGAAAAUUCCCCUAUUUUACAAUUUGUAUGACUCAUUCUCAGUUACUUUAAUCAUCAAUAGUAUUUAGAAGUGCUAAAGAUUUUUUUAAAAGUCUUUAAAGCUGCAACAAGUGAAAGUAACAGAGGGCAACUUAUAAAUCACUCAAAUAUGUUGGCAGCUUUUGGACAAGUCUCUCUCUUAUUUUAACGAUCAGUUCUUCAUUCAUAUUUUAACCAAAAAGCUCGUCCACAUUGUCUUAAUCAUAUAAAUAUGUUUGUAACUCCUCAAUACCCAAAUUUUGGCACAUGCGCCACGAGAGAAACAAAGAAAACUGUCACAAAACUUGCACAAAAUGUUGGCAAACUUUGGAUGACAGAAGAGCUGUUGAGGAGUGAGGGAUUUGAAAGAUUUGAGUUUUUGCAGUAUUUGUGAUCACAGGCUGAUAGUGAGACUCACCUUUAUUCAUCAGUCAAACAUUGUUCUGUUUUUGUUGUAAAUAAUCAGAUUGAUAUGGCUCUUGGCUGCUUUGAUUUGAUCUGUUUUUAUUUCACAUUUUUCAGUGAUUAAUUGAAGGAAGUUGAUUUGCUUUUGAUUGAUUUUUUUUCUGCACUAAUUUCCCACCGGGACAAUCUGGCAAAUAUUGAUUUAUAGGACACAUUUAAUAUUUAUUUCUUCACAUUUUUACUGAGUGACCACAUAAGGAGGGUCAACUUUAAUUGAGGAUGAGGUAAAGUUUAAUUUUACUGUUUUGGUUAUUCAAUAUUUUGAUAAAAAGUUGUCAACAUUAACAACAUGGUAUGAAAAACAAUUAAGGUUUUAAUAAACAAUCCAGUCACUGAAUUAUUGAUCCACAGCAUCCAAAAGUUAAGAAGCAGAUCUUAAAUCGUAUUUUUCUACCAAAAGCUCCUGUGCACUGUUUAAACUUCACAAAGAACAAAACUGGUUGUUGAUGUUUAAACAACAAAUUAGCCAAAAUUAGCUGUUUCAUCAUUAAAAUACACAAUAUUGGGUAUGUAGGACUUCUGCUUUAGUUUCCCUGGUAUCAAAAAGGCAGUUUCACUUGGUUAUUACGUUCGAAAUAUUUCAUCAAUAUUGCACAAAUAUCUCAUCAAUAUUUAUCUGACCUACUUGUGCAAUUUAGAGGAAAUGAAACAUCCAGUUGACAUAACUAAAAUCUGACAAAUAUCUUUAUGUCAGAAGAAACAGAAAUACUUUAAUGUAGUGCUGUCAAACGAUUAAAAUUUUUAAUCGGAUUAAUCACAGGGUUGCUAUCGAUUAAUUUUGAUUAAUCAUGAAUAGAUAUCAUUCAUUUUUAUUCUAUAUUAAUCACGUUUCAUUUUGCAUAAGCAAACAGACUCAAGAAAGAAGGGAAUAUAUAUGCCAGGGCUAUUGAAUUACAAUUUCAACUGGGCCAAAUUUUUGUUCCAUUUGUUUUUUUGUACUCAAAUCUCCCACCGAGAGGGCCAAAGUGCAGUUUAGCAUCUCCCAUAUCGAGUUGGUUGGUCACUACCAGAUCAACGGUCCAUUUGCCGUGCGCAGCGGCAUGCUCGACGGUAAACUUACUUGGACAAACUGCCUGAAAUGCGUUGCCGAAGACAUUUCAGGGAUUUUGAGUCAUUCUGCACUGUAGAUGGGUUAAUUGCAUUAAAAUUUUUAAUCAGAUUAUCAUGAUGAUGGAUUAAUCCGCAUUAACUCGUUAAUUUUGGCAGCCCUACUUUAAUGACAACAUUUUUGAUAUUGAACUUAUCUGUUGUCAAAGUUUCAGCACAUUGUCAACAUAUCUGUUAUAUAAACAAGCCAGUUGUGCAACUUAAAUAUUAAUUUAAGACAAAAUAUUGAGAACUGUCUUAAUUGCUCAAAUACAUUGGAAAUGAUUAAAUUGUAUAAACAUGUUGGCAGACCCUUAGGACCACAGAUUGUCAACCUACUUAUGCAAAAUAAAUGACAAACAUUGGGAAGUGUAGGCAAAACAAAGGUUACAUAACUGCCAACAAACAAAACUGAUCAAAUACUUUGACAAGAUUUACCAAAAGAUUUGUCUUAAUUGUGCAGAUACAGUAUGUUGUCAAAGUUCCCCAUCAAGCGUUGUCAUCAUAUUUGUACAAUUUAAAUGAAACAUGAAAUUGGGCAAUUUAGACCUAUCAUUGCCAUCUGUCUUAAUUGUUCAAAUACUUUGUCAACAUUCUUCUAAAUAGUGCAAAUAUCUUGGCAUGCUUUUUAUAAAUCCCACACAUCCAUUUUCAAAUCCUCAGUACUAAUCAAGUCAACAGAUUUGUGCAAUAUAAAUGAAACAAAAAUAUGUCAGCGUUUUGGUGCCAGGUUGUCCGAACACGUUUGUGCAAUUUCAGACAGUGUGCAGGAGUUUGCGUGGAGUUUUUAUUAGAACCAUAAAUUUGCCAGUUUUGGUUGCCUAUUUCUGUUGAAUAGUGGAAUUGACAAUAUUACACUUUUACUCAAAGGAUAUUGAAGUUAAACAUUGGUCAUCGUGACGGCCCUGGUCAGACCACUGUUAAAAGCGUGACGGCAGGUGGGCUGAAGGUAAAGGUGCAUGUGUGCAGCGACUCACCUGCCCAAGCCUCCAUCGUAGUCUUCACUCCAACAGCGGAUGACAUCUAACGCUCACUCGGCUCGUUAUUCGUCCUCUUAUCGGCACACCUGUCUUCAUUCUGACAGCGAGGUGUGGCGUUUGCUCGGCUCGCUAUUCGUCCUCUUAUCGACACACAUUGUUAAAUAUGUACAUCGUUCUUGUAAUGCACCUUUCUGUAUAUAAUGUUAAAGCAUAAUGAGAGACGAUUUAAUGUGAAAUAAAGUUUUCGACUGUGAUUAAUCUGA